AUGAUCGCUCUCUCCCUCCUUUCGAUUCCGUUCCUCGCGUCGUUGGCCCUCGCUCUCAAUGACUGGUCAAAGCCUUGCUUCAGUGGCAGGUGCUCCUACGAUCUCCACGGCUCAGUCGACGGCUCUAUGACCAUUGAAGGAUCACCUGAUGCGAUUUCCGACAUUACGCCCGCAGCGGGGUGGUGGAUCAUCGGCUGCGACCCUCAAGCCGAAGCGCAAGACAUCCGUAUCGUCUGCAUUCACACAGACCGAUGCGGGCAUUUGUUCCGUAACCUCGGUGCCCAGGGCAAACUCGUACGGCUCCCCGAGAAGUGUGGCAAGAUGGCAUUUGCUCGGGUUGUCAAAUCCUGGGUAGAUGAUAACCAGAACGUGCCCAUGGAAGUCGAGUCGAAGAUGCAGCGCAGAGGUGCCGACAAUCCAGUCAGAGGGCUCACUCUCGAUACUAACUUUGCGGCCAUCGAUCCUUCCGUAACUGGCCCAGUACAUAUCACCAUCGUAGGCGCUACCGUUCCAGGAGCCACCGGGAAUGCCACUAUCACUAGACGCGCCCCGACCGUUAUACGGCGUACCAAAAUUGGUCCCCGGGGUUCUAACUUCAUCGAAUCUGCAUUUGAUCGCUUCACAUCGUUUGACUUGGAUUCAAUCAAAGACCUUCCUCCCGUACACGUCAACCAGAACUUCCCUAUUAUCAAGAAGAGCUUCAGCUGCGACAUACCGGGAGAGAAUAGCCCAUCCAUCAAAGGAUCGCUCGAGGCCAGUAUAGAUGCGAGUAUCCACGCCGUAGUACAGGUUGGCGUCGCCGCUGAAGGGACCAUCAUCCCCCCGCGUAUCGAUUCCUUCGGUCUGUUCGCUGCUCUAGAUGCGGAUAUAUCCGGCACUUUGAAUAUCGUCGCUUCCGCUGCUGGAACCUUCGACUCCGGGACUAUCAAUAUCUUCGAGCAAGGAAUCCCCGGGUUGGAGUUCCCUGGGAUCCUUACCGUGGGACCUAUGUUCAGACUCGAGGCGAAGGCAUCUACAACUGUCGAGGGCAGCGUGGACGCCAAAGUCGGCCUUACCUACCGCGUAGAAGAUGCGCAGCUCUUCUUCCCGAAGACAGAUCGAAAGCGACCCACUGGCGGAUUCGCCCCUAACAAUACACCCCUCAAGCUAUUCGCUGAUCCAAGCAUCUCUGCUAAGGGUUCCAUUGGCGUCCACAUCAUCCCCAAGAUUGAGUUCGGCAUUAGUGCACUUAAGGGCCUUGCUAAAGCGACAGUGAGCUUGGAGGUUGACGCAGACGCUUCUGUUAACCUCAACCUGGACGCGAGCGCCCAUGUUGGCUACGAUGUCAUUUCAGGCCGCUCACCCGUACUUUUACCUGCCUCUGCAGAGUCGCCUGCCACCCAUCUCGGCUCUGACGGGCCCGUGAACACCCUCAACGAGGUUUCCAAGCGCGAUCCUGGCGCUUCGGUUCAUGGUUGCAUCAAAUUCGAUGCAGGCAUUGACGCAGGAGCAGCCGUGAAUGGAAAGUUCUUCGGUUUGUUCGGCGACGGUGCCCGUUUGGAAAUAUAUAAGACACGAUUCGAUAUCUAUGAGAAAUGUUGGGGUGCUAGCACUUCUGCGAAGGUUCCGCGUGCUCUGUACCACAUCAGCCUGCCCCACGCUCCCGUCAUGCGAAGAGAUACUCAAGGGCCUUGCUAUCCGGCAACGCUGGCAAAGAUGUUCAUGAUUGUUGAUCAGAUAAUCCCCGGCCCUAGCAUAACGUCCAAGCACUAA